CCCAUUUUACACGCUGGGGAUGAGUGGCCCAGAGAGGAGGCAGCCACGGCACUUGGAAUAAAUGCUCCCAGCCACUCGAGAGGGCAGAAGUAUCAGGAGUCUGUGGCCCUCUGCAGAGAGCUUUGGGAUCAGACAGCCUCCCACUGAAAUCCAACUGUCCUCCCCCGAGGGGGUGUGCCCCCAAGCCUGUAGCUGUGUGAGGACCCCACAGCACAUUCAGGGAGGGCUGCGAAGUCAGGUGGCGCCAGGGUCCCAGCCAGUGACCGGGCGGCCAGAUCUACUGCAUCCGAAUAGCCAGCUUCCACUCAGCUACAGCGAUUGCCAGACAUGGGAGUUUGGUGUUGCCAGAUCUGAUCUUUUCCCCCCUAACAGAAACCUGGAUUUUUAGGUGAAAUCGCCUGAUUUUUGAAAGGUUGGCUAGCAAUUUAAAUUUUGCAAAACGUGAACACCUGGGGACCACUGGUUGGCAUCCCCUCCUUGUACAAAGUGGUGCUCAGGCUGUAGUGAAGGGCGGAGGGGCUUCCCCUUCCCCCCCACUCCUCUUCCUCCUCCAUUCUUCUGCUUAGAGUCACCCCCUAAUUAUGGUCACUCCCGCUCCUUUCCUCCCCGCCUAUCCUGCGUCUCCCCCACCCCCUCACCAGAGCUAUCCUCAUGACCUUGUGUCUCCCUUUCUCUCUCUCUCUCUCACCCCUCCUUCUCUCUCUCCUCAGAAACCCCCAGGGCCUCGCCCCGAGACAUGGGCCCACUGGUGUGGGGGGCCGUGGGGGGGACACUGCUGGUGCUGCUACUUCUGGCUGGGGGGUCCUUGGCCUUCAUCCUGCUGAGGGUGAGGAGGAGGAGGAAGAGCCCUGGAGGAACAGGAGGAGCAGCCAGCGGCGACGGGGGAUUCUACGAUCCGAAAACUCAGGUGUUGGGAAAUGGGGACCCUGUCUUCUGGACACCAGUAGUCCCUGGUCCCAUGGAACCAGAUGGUGAGGAGGAGGAGGAGGAGGAGGAGGAGGAAGAGAAGGCAGAGAAAGGCCUCAUGUUGCCUCCACCCCCAGCACUCGAGGAUGACAUGGAGUCCCAGCUGGACGGCUCCCUCAUCUCACGGCGGGCAGUUUAUGUGUGACCUGGACACAGACAGAGACAGAGCCGGGCCCAGCCCUCCCGCCCCCAACUGGGCCACGCCGGCCUAGGGUUCCAGACUGGUUGGACUUGUUCGUCUGGACAACACUGGAGUGGAACCCUGCCUCCCACUUUCCUGGGACUUGGAGGGAGGUGGAACGGCACACUGGACUUCUCCCGUCUCUAGGGCUGCAUGGGGAGCCCGGGGAGCUGAGUUGUGGGGAUCCAGAGAGGACCCCCACCCCCAGAGACUUGGUUUUGGCUCCAGCCUGCCCCUGGCCCCGUGACACUCAGGAGUUAAUAAAUGCCUUGGAGGAAAACAU